AUUAUCUUCCGGAUGUGUAUGUCUUGCAGAGGAAACACAACGAAGGAGAAGUCUGCUUGUCUGCUGAAAUUGAAACUUACUUUGGAAUUGUGAAUUCUGUUUGGAAAAUAGAUAUGAAGGAUCCUCAAGUUGAUCCGAAAAGCCCAACAAGCUUGCAGGCUCGACCAACGAGCGAAAACAAACUGUCAGAAGUGGCUGGACAAAAUAAUCUGGACAAGGGAUCAGAGAUCAAUGAUUUGUCUAAGGGAGAUAAUCUGAAGACCAUCCCUGUAAAGGUGGAAAAAACAGAAGUACAGCCUAAGAACAUGGAGAAGAAAGAGGAAGUGAAGAAGGCGGCUCCUUCCCCAGUGAAGGGAGACAACAUCACAGAGAAAAAAGAAGUCAAAGAGGUGGAUCUAACAGUCGAGUUUGCCAAAAUGUCGAUGAAUGGGGGCGUGAAUGGGGGGCUUGUGGACAGACAGGACAAGCUCAGUGAUACUGAGAAGGAGCUAAACACGAUGACCAGUAACCUGUCCAUCAGCGACGAUAGCGUUAAACUGAACGGGGAGGUCAAGUCUCGGGGACCCAGUGGAGGAGUUGCCAGGGUACCUCACUCCCAGCAGCACUCCUACAAGUCUCUCAACUACUUUGCCAGCUGCCCAGUUAAUGAUGGGUUUAAAGGAUCCGGAAAACGCACAAUGGACCAUGAUGAGUAUUCAUAUCAAAAGUACGGGAAACCUGUGCCUGAUUUUUUCCCUGCUAAUUCUGGCUUAAACAACGAGCUUCAAAACAAUAUGGACAUCAAUGCCUUUCAGAUGACCUACUCUGUGGACAAAAUGUCUGCUGGAAAAUUCAUGAAGCCCGUGUCUCAGACAAGCUAUGAGAGCCAGCAAGUCUUCAACCCUGACCAGUUCUUGGAUUCUCUGGGUCAACAAGAGAGCUCCCCUGGCUAUGGAAAUGGGGACUUCAUGGGUGCAGACCAAAUGUUUGGGGACUUUACCCACACCUCAGUGCCAAACGGGAUGUACGGUCAUGGGGGAAUGCCCAUGAUGGCUGGACAGAAUGACUGCAUGAACGCCAACUUCAACAACAAUGAUCUGAACAACCAGAUGAACAAUGCCUUCUCACCAGAUCAGAGUUUUUCUGAGAGGCAGACAGAGAAGCCAGAUUACAGUGAAACAGAGUCUGACAUGGAGAAGAGCCCUUACUCCUUUACUUCAAACUCGCCCGCCAGCCAGAUGUCACUGAACUCUCCCCCUCCGUCUGUGGAUAGUGGAUACGGAGGAUAUGCUGUUCCCAGCCCACAGUCUGACAUCAAAUCUCCACAGUCGCACACCGGAACCUCCCCUCCAAGUAACGCUCAAAGCCCAAUGCCGGCACCUCAGACAGAGAUAGAUAACACUUCAGAAUACAUCGACAAAAACAUGGACAAGUUGCAUGAUGUUUUGGAAAUUCUAGCUAAAGAUUUGAAAGACAAAGAACACUCCAAGCCACAGUAUCCAACCCAGUCCAUUCCACAAGAAAAUUUCAACCCCAAAUCUACUGUUCAGAGCUCCGCCUCUAGCUCUUAUGCACCUCAACAGGGAAAGCCGAUGGUAUCGGCUACAAACAUGCCUCAGACUUCAAUGGCCGUCUCUCAACAGAAGAUGUCAAUGAAUCUGCAGCGUCAUAUCCCCACAUCCGCCAUGGCUCCACAACAGAGCAUGCCAAACAUGUAUGUGGGGUCUCGGCCCCAGCAAGCUCCCCCCAUGGUCAGUGGUCAACAAGUCAGGAUGCAGCCCAACUAUAUUCCCCCACCGCAGCAGGUCAACAAUUCCUGUGUCUCCCCCGGCACCCCCACAAGUAAUCAGGUCAUUAUCCUGCCCCCCAACACCAUGAGUCAGUCAAUUCUGAGCCCCACAUCAGGCAUGAUGAAUGGCCAUGGCAUAGUUACUUCCCCUACCCAAGCGGUCAUGAAGACAACUGUAACAAGUACUAAUCAGCCAAUUGCUACCACCAACUCCUUUGUAAUCGUUAACAAUGCAAACGGUGGAGCCCCGAUCACAUCUGUGCCAGUUCCAAUCCCAGCAGGGGGAACCAGUCAACAGCCAAACACAAUCAUCAUUGUGGCACCCCAGCAACCAAUCACCGCUCCCAAACAGGAGAAGGUCAAGCUGCGAGAGAUUCGACCCAAGAUCCCCGGUAACGAUAAGUCCGGAACCACCAAUGGUGUUAGACCAGGAGCAAAAAUUCAGCCCAAGCCCCAGGUCAAUCCACAGAUGAUUAUGCAGAGGAGAGCCAUGGAGCAAAAGAAACAAAACUUGAUCAACGUAGCAAGAAGAAUGGUGGCCGAGAUUUCCCGGGAACAGCUUCCGUUUCAGGAUGAGGAGGGUGAUACCUACCUCCAUGUUGCAGUCUGUAAAACCGAUCCAAACAUGGUGCUCGCCCUGUUGGAGCGACUGAUGCGUGAGAAUCUUUCACAGAUGAUUGAUGUGGAAAACAAGCAUAGACAGACUCCAUUGUACUUGGCCGUGGUUGCAAACCAGCCUCAGAUGGUCUCCAUGUUUGUCCAGAGAAAUGCCAACCCUAACAGCAUGGCCCAGGUUGUGUCCCAGGAUGGCAAGUCAAUGGAAGUGAAGGCUCCAAUUCAUGUGGCAUCCUCUAAUGGUGUCGACUUUCUGAACACCUUAAAUGAACUUCUCAAAUCUCAGGACCUCUCUCUUAACAUUGCAAACUCUGAAGGACACACUGCCCUACAUUGUGCUAUUCUAGCCCAUGGCAGGCCCCAGAGAAACGGAAACGGAUAUGUGAACAGUCUGCCAAUUAUUGAGGCCUUGAUCAAAGCUGGGGCUGACCCCAACUCCCAAGAUAAGAAGAGUGGAAAAACACCACUCAUGUAUGCCAUCGAGAAAAAAGACUACAGCCUUGUGGAGUCAGUGCUAAGAUUGUUCGAACCCUCCAAGCUUAAAAACAUUGUCAAAUCUGCCACAUUCGAUGGAAGUUCAUGCAUUAAAAUCGCCGAAGGACUUAAAAACGAUUUUCAACCGGAAACAUGGAAGAAAUUGUGGAGUUUGUUGAACAGUGCUUGCAAUGGUCAGAUCCCAGCGAGCCUGCAAGUGUUCUGAAACACUGAAGAUUGCCAUCACCAAGCAGCUUGAAGCACAGAUCUUGCAAUUUGUCACGCUCAUUUUGUAAAUAGACAUUUGUCAUUAAUGAUACAUAAGUUAUUUGUUGCUAAACAUGACCUGUACAUACUGAUGAUCUCAACAUCACUUUAUUGUCAUUUGAUGAGGUAAAAGCAUUUGUCACAUUCUCAUUAACAAGUGUACAUGCACAUCUGUGCAAGAUGAAUUUAUUAUAUUGCAUUCAAUAUUUGGUACCUAGAGAAUAUAUUGGUUGCUGUAUGCUGGAAAAUAUGACAGAGUUUAUCCCACCCAUUUAAAUGCAUUAGAAAAACGUUCCUUUUGUUUAUAUUUAUUUUUCCUGAAAAUCAAAAUUAGAAAAUAAACUUUCUGGACACAAAACCCAUGCUGAUAAAGAUACACAAGUACGCCGUAUAACAUCAUGCUGUUAGCUUUAUGUACCAGUGGACUUCAAUGUGGAAAUUUGUAAUACAUUUACAUGUAAAGGCUGUUAAUUUGUAAAAUACAAUGUAAUUGUGUGUAACAGAUGAAUGUGAUAACUCAUAAAUAUCUACAUAUUUGUUGUCUAUUAUUUCUAUAUAUUGUUAUUUGUCUUUCCAGAUUUUUAUCUUUUAUUUUCUCAUGUUGUCUUUUUUUAUGGAAUCUGUGUAGAGACUUAGAACAAAGCAUUAUUUUGUUCAAUUGUUGGUUAUUGUAUUCACCGUUGCCUCCGGUGAUGACGGCUUGUUUUUGAUACAUUUAGCAAAAGUGCUUUUUGAUGAGGUCAAGGUCAGCUCAAGUUUGACCUUGGCCUUUGUUGUAUAGAUUUGCUUGAGAAUUGUUAACUAUAUACUGUUGAAAAUAAGAUAUACUUUUUAUUAAGCAAAUAUUUCUAUUUUAUUGUGAUCAACCAAAGUUGGAAUUUCCUCUGUUGCUAUCAGUUUCUUUUAUAUUUCAAAAGAUUAUAAAAAAACUGGAAGAAUUACAAAAAAUUAUUACAUCAGUUUGUAAGGCUCAGUAUUUGAAGACAAAUUAUUAAAACUUGGCAUUGCACAGAACUGUUUUGACAUAUUGUAAAUGAGGCAGCAGCAUUAUAAAUAAAUAAAGAAACAGAAACAAUU